UGCUACGUGGUGGUAGUAAAAUUUUCCCCGAGGUCUAUUAUGAAAGAUGUCUGCGUUUAAAGGAGCAAUGAUAACUGCGUCAAAGUCAAAAGUGCUAUGCCUUGCGAGGGCGUCCAUUCUCCUAAACAACGUCGGCGUUAAGAAAGAGCUUUACCGGCUUCCUGAACGCUCCAAACCGCUGUACAUAGCGGGGCAGCGGAGCUUCAGCAACGCCUCCGCCCGGAAGGAGCAGUCUGGGGAGCCGAGCUCAUCAGAAGACAAGGUGCUCCUCACCGAUUCAUGCGUGAAGAGGCUUUCAGAAAUCAUGGAGAAGGGCGAGUAUUUAAGAAUACAGGUGGAAGGAGGAGGCUGUUCUGGAUUCCAGUAUAAGUUUUCUGUAGAUCGCAACAAGAAUGAAGAAGAUAGGGUGUUUGAGCAGGGUGGCGUAGGCAUCAUCGUUGACCAGGAGAGUCUAGAGUUUGUGAAGGGAUCCACUGUGGACUUCACUCAGGAACUGAUCCGCUCCACCUUCCAGGUGCUCAAAAACCCUCAGGCAGACCAUGGCUGCUCCUGUGGAAGCUCCUUUUCUGUUAAACUAUGAUCGGUGCAUCUCCACUGUUGAAUGUGUUGAUUCAGUAUUUUAUUAGGUGGAUAUCUAGAACAAAAUAAUGAUUUUUUUUUUUUUGAAAAAGAAAAAAAAGAUAUGUGUCAUUAUUAAGUUUUCUUGUUGCUAACAUUUGCAUCAGUGGAAGGCUUUAUUCAGGCAGUUUUUGAUUCUACUAACAAAAAAAUCAACCUUUUAACCUGAAGAAAACAGAAAUCAGUAUCUUUAAUAUGGAGACACUGUAAGCACAUUGACAAAGAAAAUGUUGCCCCUCUGCAGUGCUGUUGCUCUAUGUGAAGUUAAACGGUCUGCAUUAUGUCAGUCAAAGGGUUAGUGGAUGGUCUUUAUUAGAAAGCAAAUAUGAUAAGAACAGUAGCAGCUUAAAUGAUUUCAUUUCAUUUGCCUCAGAUGCCGUAUUUAUGCUCCGUUCCACAACUAAUUGUUGUUGGUAAUGACAACAGUUCAUUAGUUGGAAAGAGUUUUUAAUGUUUCAAUAAGAUGAUGUGUUGGGAUUAACUUUAACAGCUCAGGAUGUUACAUUACCACUUUGCCACUUUAUCUUUCUACCAAAAUGUUACUGGAAUCUCAUCAGAUUCUGUAGGUUUGUGUAAAGGAAGGUGCAUUAGCUUUAAUAGUUAAUGCUAAGAUGCAAACACUAAAAACUAACUUCAUAAUCUAGUGAGUAAAGGGGUAUUUUGCUGUUUAAAUCAGUUCUCUUCCACCAGUAACACUGAAACUGGAGAUUAAUUUGCCAGCUUUGUGUUUUCCUUUUUCUUCUUGUGUGUUUGUGAAAAUACGAGAAAGUGAAUCCAAUAUAUUGAUUAUUUAGUCUGCUAUUUGAAGACGUGUACAGCAGCUGAUGUUUUCCUACAGAACAGAAGAUUUCUGUAGUGUUUUGUGAGUUUCCUUCCUGUAAAUGAUGUAAAUAAGUCUGAACUGCAGUGUGAUUAUAAAGGUUUAAUUUAUCGUGUCAGAUCUAAAAUAAACCAGGCAAUUUAUG